UUUUAAUUUUGUGGGAGGGCACAACAUGCCCUUGUUGCCCCGUAACCGCAUCAAACAAUGAAUAAAUUACACGAUUUUCGUCGAACAUGUCGUAUGUUGUGUAAAAACAGUAAAAUAUAUGUAUUGACGAUGUAAAGUACAAGAUUAAGCUGCAAUUUGGGACUAUGAAUACAAAAGAGAACGAGAACUAAAGUUGUUUUUCUUACUCGCCAUUUCAACAUGGGAUGUGGGUCUUCGCGCGAGGGCCGAGUGGUGUGUAUACGAACUUUUUUUGUAUUUGUGUAAAUAUAUUUGUCUAUCGAGCGUUAUCGUACUUUGAAGAAAGUCAAUUUUGUCUCGUUGCAACAAGGAAGAAAUUAAAAUUCUCAUAUGUAGUGAUUACAAAAUUGUGAUGUAACUAUAAACUGUAAACCAAAUGGUAUUAAUUCGAAAGUCUUUCCUGUCAAUUAAACCAUAUAUAUCCCAGUUACGUCACUUGAAUCUCUAUGACGUCAUCGUUUUCCUGGACGUUGGUUUCACCAUGGUAGAAAACUUGCAGUUUUCAGAGUUGUGUAUUUGGAGGCAAGUAAACUAGACUUCCUCCUGCAGAAGGUCACUUCUUAUCAUUUUCAAAUAUUAUAAUUUAUUUUAUCAGAUACAACCAGGAAAUAGACCAGCAGGUCCAGUGGCAGUUCAAAGUUCAACUGUAGGAUAUGCACAACCAGGUACAUACAACUGUUCAUCCCAAUUUUAUCCUGUGCCUGCUAAUACCACCUGCAUCGGGCAAGCUCUAUUCCUCAAAUUAGUUUCGUUUUCCUUAUUUCCUUUGAGCUUUGGUGUGAUCCAAACAGAGUAUUUUCCCUUUUACAUUUAUCUCCACAGUUAGAAAUUAAGCAUUUGAUGAAUUAAGGUGCACAUGCAGGAACAUACAACACAUGCUCACAACUGUCGAGCCUGCAAGCUAACAAAUGUUUGACCAUAGGCCACUUUCAUGACACAGUUUGAUAUAGUUGGGUUUAAAUAUUUUUAUGUGCAUUUUAAUAUGCCCAAGAAAGUCUGUGUGUGUUACGAAAGUGAUCUAUAUGGAUACAUGUUAUUUUCUCUCCUCAAUCAGGUUACCAGCAAGUACCACCACAACGCAUGGCAGCACCAUAUGGGCCUCGACCAGCUGGGUACCCUCAGCAAAGGCCACCAUAUGUUCGCCAGCAAGGUCCACCCCCUCAAGGUUACCCACAACAGUAUGGUUAUAGACAACCAGUUCAAUACGCCCAACAGCAACCAGGCAAUGUGGUGAUUAAUAAUCAAGGGAACAAUAGAUCCGGUGCAGGUGACAUGAUGCUUGGUAUGGCUGUUGGUGCAACUAUGGCAAACUCAAUGCACCAUCACCAUGGUUACGGGUAUGGUCAUGGUGGCGGAUACCAUGAUCACGACACAAACAUUAAUGUUUAUGAACAUAACGAGUAUAAUUAUGAACAAAAUGAAUACGGUGGUGAUACUAAUGUAGAAAAUUAUGGUGGUGGUGGUUAUGAUGAUGGUGGUUUUGAUGAUGGUGGUGGCUUCGAUGAUGGUGGUGGCUUCGAUGAUGGUGGUGGCUUCGAUGAUGGGGGAUUUGAUGGUGGCGAUUAAAAACCAUCACAUACUUAAAAAUUCAUCUUUUUGUAAAAUCAAUUUUAUGAUUUGAAUACAGAUGUAUUUGAAAUAGAAAUGCACACCUGUCCUAACAAUUGUUGGAUUAAGACAUUUUAAUAAAUACCAAAACCUCAUGUACAUUCUCUAUCAGUAACAUACUGAAUAUGUAAUAAUUAAAUCUGUA